AUGAUCGACACGGGCGUGUACCGCUACGAGCGCAACCGCGAAAGCCACGAGUUCUUCAGUCCAGGCCCGUUAUCCUCUGCACGUACCGCUACCGCCCCGUCCGCCAUCUUCAACCUUGUGAGUACCAUCAUCGGUGGCGGUAUCUUGUCCCUCCCUUUUGCGUUUGACAAGUGCGGGCUCGUUGUCGCGUUGAUCUUUAUGGCCAUCGCUGCCUCCGCCUCCACUUUCAGUCUCUACGUCGUUGUGAGUUGCAGUCGACGUGGACGUGCGACCUCAUACGAAGAAGUGGUACGCAAAGCCCUGGGAGCUCGAGCUGGCCACGUAACAGUCGUGCUGCUCGUGCUGCUUACGUUCCUCACACUUGUGGCAUACGUCAUCCUCACCAGAGAUCUAGUGGGGUCACUCGGCGAAAAGUUCCUCUUCAAUCGCCCCAUCUCUGGGGCCGAGCAGAACGGUCUAACCAUCCUCUGUGUGCUCCUCGUGUCGCCGGCGCUGCUCGCGCGCUCGAUGAAUGCAUUACGCUUUACUUCCGUCUUCAGUCUCAUGUCGGUACUUGUGCUGGCAACGACAAUCACGAUCCGGGCAAUCGGUACUGUCGUCGCUGGUCGUGACGAUGGGACGGUCGAGGCCGCUGUCCGGGUCCCAAUCAAGCUGGUUCCUGACAGCUGGGUCGAUGCUGCCUACGCUUUCCCCAUCAUCUCGGUGGCGUUCCUCUGUCACUUCAACGUGCUGCCCGUGUACCGAGAGCUGCACAAGCCGACGCGCCACCGCCUGAAGAAGAUUGUGGCAUCGACGAUGUUCUACACGUGGUUGUUUUGCAUGCUUGUCGGGACCAUGGGCUAUCUCUUUGCGUUCCAGCAGCCAGGAGGAGUGCAAGGGGACAUCCUGAACAACUUCAGUGUCGAUGACCACCUUGUGAAUAUUGGACGACUGGGCUUGUUGAUCACGAUUCAACUCAGCCUGGCACUCAUUAUCCAGCCUUGUCGAGCAAAUGUCCUUCGACUUGCUCGGAUUAUUCAGAGCUACGUGCGAAAACAUGCCACAGGUUUCGAUUCAGAGGACGGAGACUCUUUUGGAGAAGACACAGCGCUUCUGGCGAGUGCCAGGCCGACUACUACUUCAUCGGAUGGCGCACUUGAUGCUUCUACACCAUUGGGGUUUCAAGCACGCGUUGUGCACGUGCUGCUAACGGUUGGCAUCAUGGCCAGUGUUGUUAUCAUUGCACUGAUCUCGCCGGGGGUGGCUAUCGUGUGGAACCUCAUGGGCUCGACUGUCGGCCUACUCGUUUCCUACGUCUUGCCGUGCGUGUCCUACGUGAACAUCCGCCAUGAGAAGUCAAACCUGGACAGACGUAAACUUACGGCCUGGAUUAUUCUGGUGCUUAGCUCGGUCGUUUGCGCUGUGUGCACGGUGCAAGCAUUCGUGUCGGUCUUUUUCCUCUAG